AUGCAAACCUUCUCAGCUGUCCUCCUUGCUUUGGGUCUCUUCUCCGGAGUCUCGGCUCAACUCGCCGCCUGGCCAUCUCAGAGCUACUCUCCAUUCUACCAAGCCAUGUUCGGAGCCGCCAGCACUCCAGUCCUCUCCGCUCCAGUCGCCAAGACCGCACCAUCCGCCAUCCCACUCGCUGCUCCAGCCCUUGCUCCAGCAUUCGCCCCAGCUCCAGUGCUCGCCGCUCCAGCACCACUCUUGGCUCCACCAGUCUACGCCGCUCCACCACCGGCACCAGUCUUCGCCGCUCCAGCUCCACUUUUGGCACCACGUCCAGUCCUUGCUGCUCCAGCUUUCGCUCCAGUCCUCCGUGCACCAGUCCUCGCUGCGCCAGCUCCAGUGUUCGCUGCUCCAGCAUUGGCUCCAAUCGCCCCAGUCCUCGCCGCACCAAGAUUCGUCCCAGCAUACGCUCCAUUUGCCAGAGCUGCCAUGUUCAUCGGAUCCAACAAGGCUAAGACGUAA